AUGCGCCAUUGGGAAUUGAUGCGCGGUUAUCCCGAAAUAGAAAAGGAAACUCCUGAAGCCAUUGAGGAUUUGAUGGAAACCAUCAGCGUAAAUCUCAAAGCGCUCGAAAGAUUAGGACAGUCGAUUAAAAUACCACAAUCCAUCGAUACUGAGUUAUGUUUGCAAAAAACUCGCUUCGGUUGGGUUAUCGGGGGGAGCCCAUCCACGCAAUCGGGCACACAUUCGUUUCACAUUACCACAGCCGAUCUACAAACGGAUCUCUCGCGAUUCUGGGAAAUCGACGAGGGACCAUCCACUACACAUUUAUCAGAAUCGGAAUUACAGUGCGAAGAACAUUUCCGUAACCAUGUCCGACGCAACAAGGAAGGGCGAUAUAUCGUCGCCCUGCCCUUCAACGAGAAGCUUCCCACACUUGGGACAUCAAAGUCCGUUGCAAUGAGUAGACUCGCCGCUCUUUCUCGCCGGUUCCAACGCGAUAAGCAAUUCGAAGCCGCAUACAACACGGUGAUCCAAGAAUAUUUAGACUUAGGUCAUAUGACCAAGAUUCCGCACACUCAGCCCUCAAAUAAUGGUUACUAUUUGCCGCAUCACGGCGUGAUAAAGGAAUCGAGCAACACCACUAAACUCCGGGUAGUGUUCGAUGGAUCAGCAAUCAGCACCACCGGAGUUUCUCUCAACGACACUCUGCAUACCGGACCCAAACUCCAAGAAGAUCUGGUUGAAAUUCUGCUGAGAUUCCGAUCACACCAGUAUGUCCUAACGGGUGACAUCGAGAAGAUGUAUCGACAAAUUCUCGUACGCCCAGACGAUCGUAAAUAUCAGCUGAUUCUAUGGCGCAAUUCCAACGGGGAAAUCGAUACUUAUCAGCUCAACACCGUGACCUUCGGACUAUCAGCUGCCCCAUAUUUAGCACUCCGCUGCCUGAAACAACUAGCAGAAGACGAAGGAGAUCGAUUUCCGCGAGCGUCAUCGGUUGUACAGCGUGAUUUCUAUGUCGACGACGCCCUCACCGGGGCCGAUACAAAGGAAGAGUUAAUAGCGGUACGACACGAACUCACGGACCUUCUCAGAUCGGGCGGCUUAAACAUCCGUGAAUGGGCAUCUAACGAUAAGGACAUACUGCGUGGACUAUCCGAGAAAGAUACAAAUCGAACACUACAAUUGGGAUUGCUCGCGCCAGUGAUUGUCAGAGCCAAAAUAUUGCUUCAACGCGUCUGGGCAUUAAAACUAGACUGGGAUGAAUCCUUGCCAUCCGAGUUGCAUACAGAAUGGGACCGAUACUAUACCCAACUACCCUUGCUUAGUGAUACUCGAUUUCCUCGCAAAAUGGUGGUCAAGGCAGCUACUCAGAUAGAACUACACGGUUUUUGCGACGCCAGUGAAAAGGCAUACGGGGCAUGUAUAUAUCUGCGCAGUCGCAGCUCGGAUGGACGUAUCGAAACCCAAUUACUCACCGCGCGAUCAAAGGUCGCGCCGCUAAAAUCCCUGACAAUCCCAAGACUCGAAUUAAGCGGAGCAUUGCUCCUCACCUCGCUAAUGUCCAUGGUAAAGACUUCCCUCACUAUAGACGUUUCUCGAAUAGUUUAUUGGACAGAUUCGACUAUCGUACUCCAGUGGAUCAAGUCCUCGCCACAUACAUUAAAAACAUUCGUAGCGAACCGCGUGGCCGAGAUCCAAGCGAAAACCAACAUCGCCGAUUGGCGGCAUGUGUCUACGGAUGACAACCCAGCGGAUCUGAUCUCCCGAGGGCAGGCUCCCAAGGAAUUCCUGCGUCCAAACAUCUGGAAACACGGACCCGAAUGGCUCAAGCAGCAGCCGGAGAACUGGCCGAUCUGGAUCCUUACACCGUCGGGGGACAUCCCGGAACAGAAAAAAACGAUCUGUCUAACGACGAAUAACAACGAUAACCCCCUCCUCCACCGAUACUCGUCCUGGACCAGACUAAUCAGAGUCGUCGCUUGGUGUCUUCGAUGGAAACAUAAACAACACCUAGCUGCCCAUCUAACAACAGACGAAUUAACCAGGGCUCACAACAGGGUGAUCAAAAUCAUACAAUCCGGUCAUUUUGCGACGGAAAUUCGGACACUACAGAAAGAUCGAAGCAGGGACGUUGGAGGAAAACUACAGCCAUUAAAUCCCUUCCUCGACGAAGAUGGGAUAUUACGAGUCGGAGGACGACUAACCAGCUCUUCUAUACCAUUCAAUCAAAAACACCCCAUUAUAUUGCCCAAAGCAUCUAUUACAGAGCUCAUCAUAGACCAGGAGCAUCGGAAAAACCACCACACCGGGACACAAGCUACCCUGUACGCGGACAGUUCCAUCAGGGCAGCUAUCAAGUUGGCAGCGCAUCCACCAGAUCAAACAGCAGUUCUGGAGCAGAUGGCAUCGAGAGUACCUCAACGAGCUAACCCGCCGCAAUAA